GAUUUCAGCUGAUAGCUACAAGGUUGUGCAUGCCAGCUCACCAACUAUACUGUGCGCUCACAGUGCUUCUGCCUUACAGCACCACGUGAUUAUCAUUAGCACACUAAUUGCAUUCAUUUCCAUGUGGUGACAGCCAGAUGUCACAGUGAGUUUCGAAGCUAGGCUUAUACGGAUGCCCGGCCCCAAGAUGGCUGAAGGGGCCUAGAUCACCAAAUCCUGCCGCAGUCCUCGCUCUGGCUUCCUCCUCUAACCUGCUCAGCAGUAGUGGCUGCUGAGGAGGCCUCUAAGAGUAAAAGCUGAAUAUUAAAGAUGUUCUUUGGCGCAUCUAGUAGGAGCCGGAUUAAGGUUUAACUUGGGACGGUGUGGAGAGCAGGGUAGCAGCCACAUCUAUAUGCUUCAGAGAGAAUGCCAACACCCACAUCAUCCCAGUGGUUGUUUUUGUACUUCGUGACUCUGUCGCCUUCUCCCGUUUUGGUGCUGUUGCUCCUGUGCUGGUCUUGUGGUGCUGUCAUGACAGGGAUACAGGGAGCUAUGAGGCCUGUGAGGACGGGAGCUGGAGGCACGGCCUCCUCUCCCCCCGGCCUUCCCCUCGGCCGCCUUUCCAUGCCGGGGAAGGCCGAGCCUCUCCGGGUGUGACUUGAGACCAGCGGGACAGCACGGUUGUGCUGUACGGUGUGAUGGGAAGCGUAUCCAGAGCUGCAGCAACAAGUGAGAAAACCUAGGCUGGAAAAAGUGGUGUGUUUGUAAAGGUGACUUUGUAGAAAGCUGGCCCUGAGGAUCAGACUCACCACUCUUUCUGGAAAAACAUCCCGGUGAAUGCACUGCAAUACGGGCACAAAACAGAAUUCUAAUGUUGUGUGUUUUCUAAAAUCAUCCAUAGAGGGUUGAUUAAAAAAUAUGCAGUAAUACAUUUAUUGCAUUACCUCGUUAGAGCAAUGAUGGUCUCUAAGCAGCAUUUUUUCUGGGGAUUAAUGGCCAGAAGGGGCUAGAUCUGCAGCUGAUGAUCACCAUUAACCCCAUCUGGUCAAUAAUCCUUGUUAAUCCACUUUUAUUGGCCAGAGAGCCUGCCUAGCCUAGGGUUAGCACAGCACACGGGGGCUGCAGAUUUGCCGCUCUUUCAGGGAAAAUUAAACGUGGGCUGCAGCUGAAAGCUGGCAUCCUCCACCCCUGCAAGCCUGAAAGGCCAGGUCCUCAGCCCGCCUGAAUGACUUAGCUGCGCCAGACCAACUAUUUUUCCUAAAUGAUCUAUUGAAUAAUUAUUCUCAAGAACAUACAACUUGUUUUUCGCUGCAUCCCCUUAGAUCUUUGUGUGAUUGUUAUCUACGGCCCAGACUCAUCUCCCAGGCUGGCUGUGGCUUUGCAGGCUGGUUUUUGUUACUGCCACGAGCAAAACCUGUGCUGUGACAAGGGGCACAGGCCAGGCUGGCUGUGCUCCCCUGAGUCCUUGCCUCGCACAGAGGUUCAGGUUUCCUCCAGCCUGCCCCGAAGCAGCACCUCACGCUCAGCCAGCCACCCAGCCGUGUUGCUUCCUGAUAAAAACUCCUUUAAUGGCCAAGGGCUCCCAUUUACCUGGAGGGCAGAGCAGACAAGGCAUUGCUUCCCGAUGACCUGAGGACCCUUCUGGAGGAGGCAAAGGAAAUGAAGUGGCCCUUUGUGCCGGAGAAGUGGCAGUACAAACGAGACGUUGGCCCAGAGGACAAAACAAACCUGCAGGAUAUGAUCAGCGCCAGGCUCCCCGAUCUGCUGGUUUAUUUGAAGGCUUCCAUCAUGGCCAAGGACUGUGUGACGGCGGCUGCUGUUGUGUUCCUGAUCGACCGGUUCCUGUACUGGAUUGAUGCCUCAAGCAACCUCCUGAAGAUCGCCAAGGGCCUGCACAAGCUGCAGCCCGCCACGCCGAUCGGUCCUCAGGUGGUCAUCCGCCAGGCUCGCCUUGCCGUCAAUGCAGGUAAACUCUUAAAAGCUGAAUAUAUCCUAAGCAGCCUUAUUAAUGACAAUGGAGCAACAGGUACCUGGCAAUAUGCUAAUGAAAGUGAUAGGAUCCUUGUUCAGUCGGUCUGCUUACAAAUCAGAGGACAGAUUCUGCAAAAGCUUGGGAUGUGGUAUGAGGCAGCAGAGUUGAUUUGGGCUUCAGUUGUAGGAUAUUUCAAACUUCCUCUACCAGAUAAAAAGGGAAUUGCUACCUCCUUGGGUAUUAUAGCUGAUAUCUUUUCUUCCAUGAAUGAGAAGGAUUAUAUACGUUUUAAAACCAAUGCUGAGAUUGACCUGAGCCUUCUCCGGGAGUUCAGCCAUCGCUUACUAUCAGCUGCUGAAGCCUGCAAACUGGCGGCAGCCUACAGCCAGUAUACCCCACUGUUUGUGCUCACAGCAGUGAACAUCCGUGGGGUGUGUUUGCUGUCCUAUAGUCACUCCAAGGACUGUCCCCCCGAAAGAAGAAGGUUCUACUUGUCUGAAGCCAAAGAAUCCUUUGAGAUCGGCCUCCUCACCAAGAAUGAAAACAGUCCUGUCACCAGCAAGCAGGAGCUCCAUAGCUUUAUUAAAGCUGCUUUCUGCCUCACAACUGUGCAUCGAUGGCUCUAUGGGGACAGUGAGAAGCUCCAUGAGGUGGGUCAGCUCUGUAGGGAAGCCAUGGGAAAACUGCAUGCGUACAGCACUUCGCUUGCAGAAGAGGAAGAGAAAGGAGUGCUUGCCAAGGAGAUCAUGUCUCUGAUCACGUCCAUUAAGAAGCACUUGCAAGUGGAAAGCUUUCCUAAUUCUGAUGCCAGGUCUUACAUUCCAGACAGCUACAAAAGCGCAGUGCAAAAACCUAUCCUGCAAGGUGGGGCCAGCUUUGAGAAGAUCCUUGCCAAGCAUUCUCAGCAUCAUCUGUCAGUGUGUGAAGUGUUUAAAAAUACUUGCAGGAUUCAUAAAACCACACCAGGAGAAAUGCACACGGGAGCUUGUAUCACAACCUUAAAAACAGAAACCAAAAACAUGGACACUGUAUGCACCACUGAAGAAGCAGCAUACCAGAGGAAAGGUGCUGGCAAAAUGGCCAAUACACAAAAAGCAGAAAGUAGCUCAGAGAGACUCAGUGGCCAAACAAGAAACAAACACUUCGCUUCUGAUGUGAUCAAUAUUUCCUUUGAAGAAGAGACUGAACCAUUUGAAAUAGUAAUAAAUGAUGGAAACAGUGCUUUCGGCAGAUGGCAAAACAGGAGUCAAACCACCACUUCAGAGAACUCAUGGUGCAAGCUGUCGCUGUCAAGUUACUCCUCCAGCUGGGAGGAACUGAGCUGUAAUAGCGGCCAAGAACCUUCCAGGGAAGGGCAGCUGCAGCAGAAGGGCUCAGCAGAGGAGCAGUGUUGCACAACAGAAUCCACCGAAUACGACCAAGUAGCUCACCUGCACUCACUGCCUCCAAGAGCCCAUCAGCCUUCUCCUCGAGAGCUCCCGCGUGGCUCGGUGGGGUCUCCUCACGCUCCCCCGGCCAGAAGGCCCGGGCAGGGCGGCUGCAGCACCACGGACAGCGGGCUCGUACCGAGGCAGGCACCCAAAUCCCACUUGGCCUGGGUGCAGCCAGCAGGAGGAACUGGGGGCAGACGCGAGGGUCCCUCGUCUGACCACAGCCCCGCCACAAAUGGGGUGGCUGUUGCAGAGUCUACGGGCACUGAGCCAGAAAUGGCCAGCGAGGCCCCUGUGGGUAACCGGCUGGGGAAAUCUCCAGCCGUGGCCAGGAACAGGUCUCACAAAAUGGUUGAUGUCGACCCCCAGGCAGAAACGGUAGAUGGCACUGAAUUUGAUUUCGUCAGUAUUGGGGACUUGGUAAACAAUUAUCCCACAGAGACUGGUCCAGAGCAUCAGCCAGCUCCAGGUGCAUCAACAGCUUUACCCUCAGGGGGAAAGAUGUCCAAAGUCAACUACUUUGACUGUGCUACUACUGAAGAAGAAGAAGAAAAGCCUCAGGACAGGGUGAGCAGCCGGAGGCCAUCCAGUUCAUCUCUGAGUCCAUGGCACAACUCAGCUCAGAAGCCCAAGUGUUCCCCUGAAGGUCCAUUUUUGAAUCCAAGGGGAAAUGGUCUUGCCUUUACACCUGGGAGAACAAAGGAAGAAAUCCUUGAUGCUCGAAUUCUGAGGGAUGAUGACUACGUGCAGCUUCUGGCAGGAGUAGAGCAUAACUGGCUUGUCCAGAGACUGACGCCUACUGGAAUUUUUAAGCCUAAACAGCUUCAUAAAGCAUACUCAGCUCUUCUUUUGAAAUACUCAAAGAAAUCAGGCCUCUGGACAGGCCAGGAAACAGCUGUAUUCAUUGGGGACUACCUGAAUGUGGCAAAGGAAGGCAAACAGAGAAAUGCAUUUUGGAUACACUUCCUGCACCAAGAAGAAAGCCUGGGAAGGUAUGUUGGGAAAGAAUAUAAAGAAGAAAAGGGGCUUCUUCAUCAUUUCAGUGAUGUGGAACGACAAAUGACUGCUCAGUACUACGUGACGGAAUUCAACAAAAGGCUGUAUGAGCAAAAGGUCCCUACCCAAAUCUUUUAUAUCCCAUCUGCAGUACUUCUGAUACUGGAAAACAGAACAAUAAAAGGAUGUGUGAGCGUGGAGCCCUACAUCCUGGGGGAGUUUGUGAAGCUGUCCAAUAACACAAAGGUGGUAAAGAAUGAGUACAAAGCCACCGAGUAUGGUCUGGCCUAUGGCCAUUUCUCCUACGAGUACUCCAAUGGAACAGACGUUGUUGUUGACCUGCAAGGCUGGGUGACGGGGAACGGGAAAGGCCUCAUCUACCUCACAGACCCACAGAUUCAUUCUGUUAAUAGCAAAGAUGUUUCACGCUCUAACUUUGGGAAGAGAGGAAUUUAUUACUUCUUCAAUAACCAACAUGUGGAGUGCAAUGAAAUCUGUCAUUGCCUUUCUUUAACGAGACCCCCGGUAGAGCCACCAAUGUAGACUCACACAAGAGACCCAAGCGGAAGAUGACCCAUAAGAUGGGCAGUAUUUUAUCCUACACGCUUCUAGGAGCAUGUUGUCUUUGUGAGAACAGAGGCCCUGAGAUGACACUCACAUGAGUCUGGUCAGCCAUUACCUGCACCAUUUUGGGAAAGUUCUGGUCUGUGCAUCCCAGCUGGUAUUACCAUGUUACCAUCUUGUGGACCACCUGAAAUGCUUGUUCUUAUAGGCAUCUGUCAGACUCGGCAGAACAGAGGAGGAAGAAAGCAGCCUCCAAAAUUCAGCUAGAGGUGUGUUACAAGACUGUAUAAACAUCCAGUGCACCAGCAGACGCAGUGAGGGCAACAGGCACCAUCUGCUCUUCGAAAAUGGAGUAGAGCGAGAGUAAAACAGAGCGAGGCAGAAGCAGAGACUUGUGUUUCAACCAUCUGUAAAAUUCACAGAAAGUUGUAUAAAUGCUUCGGGGACCAAAUGGUGAUGUUUUGGGUUGUUAACAAAUAAAAACACAAUUUCUUUCAGAGGGG